CUGCAGAGAGGAAGUGAUGCAGGAAAAUGCCCACAAUGUAGCUACACUCAAUGACUAAAAGGGGGAAGCACAAAGAAAUGGGCUGCUUUUAAUACCGAGGUGGUCCUUUAACUCACUCCAAAGAGCGAACACAACUCAACAGGAAAUCAAAAGCACCAAGUGGUUACUAGCGUUUCACUUAUUUAUUUUUGCAAAGCGGAUUCGGUAUCGAUGAGGAAGUUUUUUGUCAUCUGCCUGCUACAGUUAGCUAGCAAUCUGACUUAACGCGACGAGUUUGCCUCAGUUCGUUUCUACGCUACAUUGGACAACUUAACUUCAUUUGUACUGGCGUCCCUGAAAUGAUGGUUAUCCAUUUCCACACUCUACAAUAUCCCAAAAAGCAUUGCGGAUGUCAAGGUCACAGUGAUGGAGCAGAAUAGGAACACGCUUUGGCCAAUGCCUUCAGAGGGAUCGUCUGUAAGUUACUUCCUGAUCAGCUUCUUGAUAACUGGGUUUUUGAAGUUCGGCAGUGGAUUUUAGCAGAUUUGGCACAGGCCUGAGGGUAUGUUGAGACGUCUCGCAGGGCCAGAGAAGAGGCGUCUAGGUGGUUCAGACGGGGACUGCAGGUGAGGAGGAAAGAGACCAGGGAGGAAGACAUGGGUCAGUGUGUCACCAAGUGUAAGAACCCGACAUCCUCGCUCGGCAGUAAGAGUGGAGACAAGGAGGGAGGAUCUAAGUCCCAUCACAAGAAAGGAGGCGGUGCCGGUGGUCACAAAGAGGAGCAAAAUGUCCCGGGUAGCAAAGCCAUCAGCGAGCUGUCAAAUGGCACCAAAGCCCUGGAGGUUACAGUAGAGACCCCCGUCAUCUCAGCAGGGAUGGGGGACCCACACAAGGACGAGGGUCUGGAUGGGGAUGGGCUGUCGAUGCUGCGCAUUGAGGAGCUGUUCUACUGCUACAAGGAUGAACAUGAAGACACCAUCCUGGAGGAAGGCAUGGAGAUGUUUUGUAACGACCUGUGUGUGGACCCAGCGGAGUUCAGAGUGCUCGUUCUUGCCUGGAAGUUUCAAGCAGCCACCAUGUGCAAGUUUACAAGGAAGGAGUUUAUUGACGGCUGCAAGGCAAUAAAGGCAGACAGCCUCGAGGGCAUCUGCUCACGCUUCCCCGUCAUGCUGCUGGACGCCAAGGGCGAGGAGAACUUCAAGGACCUGUACCGCUUCACGUUCCAGUUCGGCCUGGACGCCGACGAGGGCCAACGCUCGCUGCAGCGCGAGAUCGCCAUCGCCCUGUGGCGCCUGGUGUUCACCCAGAACUCGCCUGCCAUCCUGGAGCACUGGCUGGACUUCUUGUCGGAGAACCCCUCGAGUAUUCGGGGAAUCUCAAGGGACACGUGGAACAUGUUCCUCAACUUCACCCAGGCAAUCGGGCCCGACUUGAGCAACUACAGCGAAGAUGAGGCGUGGCCCAGCCUCUUCGACACCUUCGUGGAGUGGGAGUUGGAGCGCAGGAAAAAGGAGGAGGAACAGGCACAGAUGGCUAAGGAGGAAGAGGGGAGGUGUACUGACUCAGAGUGUUCUCCCACAACAGACAGACUCGAAACAGAGGGAAGCCGCGGCUCACAGACGUGGGGGGGCCACUGACUAGGAAUCAAGAAAUAUUUGCAAGGGAGGGAAGGAUGUGACCUACACAUGAACUAUACGUCUGUGAAUCAUCGGAUGAAUAUUAGUAUUACCAUUACAGCUGUCCAUUUCGCUCUCCUUUUCUGUCGGGAUGGGAUUCCUGCUUUGCACCCUUAUCUUUUUUGGUUUUCGAAAGGGCUCUAUGAACUGUUAUGUUUUAAGCACUUCUAUUUAAGUUAUUGUUUUACAUAUUUUUCUCCUCCCACUUGUGUUUUUAAGUAAUUGGACACGGGUCCAUUUUAACCUCUACCUACCUACCUACCUACCUACCUACCUACGGUAACCCAGCAGAGUUAGAUCCGUUAAAAAAAUCCGGCAAAAGAAAGCCAUAACCUCUCACAAUGAUGGUCCAGACAGUUGCUCUGGACCUGGUAACACCGCUGAUAUAUUUUGUACAAGGAAAUAGUAAAUAAUAAAAAAGGGAAUUUAUUUUGGCGACCUUACCACAAAUCAUUUCUUACUAUGAAAACACGAGGGUUCACCAUGAGGGUCAGUGAAUUCGUCUUGAAUGGACUAAUCUUUGUUAGAUUGUAUGCUUUUAUCUUGCAGUGCUUUGAGGGGGAAGUGGUUGCCUUCACAAAUGCAUGCUUGCAAUUACACAGCAAGCAGUGAUGGAUUCUGUCCCAAGGGCAUUUUUUUUAAACAAAGCUGUAAUUUCCAUUCAAAAUCCAAGUUGGUAACAUACCCACCCUUUCUUCUGUGUUGAGUGUUUUUGAGUGCUACUAGUGUGUUGAGGGCUUAGCUUGUCAAAGCAGCUGGCUGCGCUCUCUUUUGAUCUCCAGCAUUUACCUAUUUGAUGUCCACCUAUUUUCAAAACGGUUAGGUAAAAAACACAAUUUUCCCGGCUUUACUAAGAUGCCUCAUUUUAAGGAAGUCAGCUUAAAGUAGGUCUUGGUCAUUUCAUAGAAAAUGUUGCCUAAACCAGAGUUCAGGGCCUUACACUGGGCGCCACACAAAGCUUAUUUUGUGUACCUUCAGGAGUUAACAGUCUUCACAUCUCUGAACUGGUAACAAAAAACAAUGUGUGUGCGCACUUCACAAAUAAUGUUGACUGCUGCUGGUGUUGGUUUGUAAUGGAUUGCACAAAAAACGAAUGGCAUGCUUAGUCGCUAUACUUGCAACGCUUUGCAAGAAGAUUGAUGUCAACCACAUAAUUUACAUUUGAAACCAUUUUCCAAACUGUAGAUCGAGCUCAAGUUUAGACCCGUGUGUUUUGGGAUGAGUGAAUGAGUGAUAACCGCAUAUGCUGGCUAAUCAAGGGUCUGUGGUAAAGGGUCCAGUGUGGUAAGAGGGUGGCACAUAACCUAAUCUGUUGGGUUUACAUCUACAAUGGUUUUAUUUCAGACCCCCUUUGUCCUUUUUUAUAUAAAAUGUAUUGAUUUAUAAUGAAUAAAAACAGUGUUGGAACUUU